AUGGCCGAGACUCAGCCUGACACACCCCAGAUCAUUGAAGCUGAUGAUCCUGGGUCGGGCAGUGAUAGUGAAUCAGCUUACGGAUCUGGAGCGUGAGCCCCUAGAAUUUUUGCUUUAGCAUUUGUUUGCUUGGAGAUUAACUUUGCCCGGGUUGACAGGCCGAGUGACACCACUUCUCUCGCAUCCGAGGUGAGGGCAUAUGUAUAUGAGAAUGGCCGCCGGUAGGUUCUCUUCCCUGAACCGGACCGGACUGGAGUCUAACCUGUAUUCUAGAUACCAUGCGUACAGCCAAGGUCACUAUUGGGCUCCCAACGAUAGCAAGCAAAAUGAACAAUUGGAUAUCUUGUUUGUCCAUCUUUUUCGACCCUUUUCCCCCCGGAAUGCAACGGCCAGCUGACGCUCACUAGCCACCACAUUUAUUCGCUCGUCCUGGACGGAAAACUCCAUCUCGCCCCUAUCGGAGACCAUCCACAAAAAAUCCUGGAUCUCGGAACCGGAACUGGAAUUUGGGCGAUUGAUAUGGCGGACACUUAUGCCAGCGCCCAAAUAAUUGGAAACGAUUUAUCUCCCAUUCAACCAAACUGGUGGCUCCCCUAAAUGGCCUUAAAUACCCCCCAAUCUCUUGGUGCAGCUCGCUAACUUCGAAUGCGUUACUUUGUGAAGGGUUCCCACGAAUUGCCAAUUUGAGGUGGAUGAUUUCACAAAGCCCUGGACAUACUCCCGCGAUGCAUUCGACUUUAUCCACGCUCGUGGGAUUUAUGGCUCAGUGGGGUCAUGGCCGAUCCUUCUUCGCGAAGCUUACUCCAGGAUCAAGCCGGGUGGAUGGUUCGAGUCUGUCGAGACUACAGUUGCAUAUUACCAUGACAAUGGUCCCCGCGGCGAGGGGCAGUUAAUUCCCAAGGAUAACCCAAUUUAUAAGUGGUGUCGAUUUGGCAUUGAGGCUGCAGAUAGGGCGGGAAAAUCCCUUGAUGUUGCCGGGAAUGUUGAUGGCUGGUUGAAGGAUGUUGGCUUCAUAAAUGUCACUCAGAAGGAGUAUAAGGUUCCAACUGGGACUUGGCCGAGAGAUGCCCACAUGAAGGAGAUCGGGAAGUACAAUCUGUUGAAUAUGCUGGAGGCAAUGGAGGGGUUUACUGUUGCGCUCUUCACUCGCGUUCUUGGGGUUUGUCCCCGUCCGGCUUGUUUUUGGAGUGUUGGCACUGAUGAGGGUUUAGUGGAGUAUGGUGGAAAUUCAGGUGUUCCUCGCCCAAGUGAGGGCUGAACUCACCAACAAGAAAAAUAACUUUUACUUCAAGAUGUUUGCUCUACUCACUUCUCUUUCCUGGUGUAUAUAUAUUCGCUGACUUGGCUAAAUAGGUACGUUGCAUAUGGUCAAAAGCCUGAAGUCACAGGGCAGGAGUAGGGGGAUUGGUUUUGCUAGCGUGCUUUGGAUGGGGACUUUGUGCCUCUUUCGUUUGUGGACUCAGGUUUUUGGCAGCCUAGACUAAAAUGGUGCUGUGCUGGCUCCGCUGUUAGAAUAGUGAAUUAUGUGCUACGGCUGCUAUU